AUGGCCCUCACCUCGUCUGCGGAGCAUCAUGUCUACGAUGCGAAUCCUCUGCAUGAUCUCGCUGACGGAAACCUCACCGAUACCGUCUGCUUUGUUUCCUUCUCUUGUGAUGGCGGCUUCCUUGCGGUUGGAUGCCAGGACGGGCAGCUCAUAGUCCUCGACGUUGACAAAUGGACACCGAUCCGUCGGCGACGUCUCGAACUGCACGACUUUCCCACCGCCUGUGUAUGGGACCGACACAACGUCUUGUUCGUUGGCACUCAAAGCGGCGAUGUUCACCAGCUUGUGUUCGGCUCUUCUCCACUCACGGACAGUAACACCUUCUGGCCCAUCGGAGACCCAAUUCUUGCUCUGGCGUGUACACCGACAACAAAGAACUGCGAACGCCUUGCUUUCAGCAGUGGGGAUGACGUAUACGUGCAGGACUUCAAAAGGUACCGGUCUGGAGAAAUUGCACGCGAUAACGAGAGGAAGCUACCUCAACCUACCGCAUUUCCUGGUCUUGAGAAAGAGGACAACGGCCUGCUGGUGAGGCCAGGGGCUGUCGCGUUGGAGUAUGUUCCCGGUACCCGUCAACUCAUAGGAACCUACAAGCACCAUGGUAUCGCGAUCUGGGACGAGGUUGGGCGGCUCGUUCAUCGCAUUCUACCACAUUCUGUCUGCAUUGGACGUUCUGCCCUCUCUCCGUCGGGAAACUACCUAUACGCCACCAACUUCUGUGACGGAAUCGACGUGUAUAAUCUCGACAAGCGCCGCUGGGCCAAGUCUGGGUUUGAGCGAACGAUCAAGACGGACAUCGGCACCAACAAGCUUGUGCCCAUAGUGUCGAUUCAUGACGACACAACCGUACUCGUCGGUACUACGGUCGGCAAGAUCGAAGCCUUGAAUCUUUCGGGUGAUAUGCCCAAUGUCGGCUUCUCGAGAGCGGCACCUGCGUCGGCAAGUGAGCUGCGCUUCCUUUCGCAGUGGAAGUAUAAUCAUGCUGAGGUCUUCACAGAGGUCGUACAGGCUAUUGUAUGA